AUGAAACCUUCCGAAUCCAUCGCUUCAGCUUCAAGUAGCAACCUUUCAGACGACUCUACUUUGAGAGACGAGACGUCCACUAUUUCCACAACACUGACCACAGCUUCCGUUAACUCUGACAACAGCGUCGAUCAUGAUCUCGACAAGCUUAUUUCUGAGAGACACUCAAAAAUUACCACCACAUGUCAUAAAGAUUCCGAGCACGAUCCAGAACACCACAGCAAAUUUACCACUUGGUUAGGAUUAUUGAAAAAGUUCAUUGGCGUAAAAGAUAUUGUGGCAACGCGUAUUUCACUACCAGCACAAUUGAUCGAGCCUAUUGGUAAUUUGGAAUAUUGGAAUUAUAACGACAGACCUGAUUAUUUUGUAUGCAUCGGCGAUUCUGAUGACCCUCUCGAAAGGAUGCUCGCGGCAAUUCGAUGGUGGUAUUCAAAGGACCUGAAGUAUGUGAAAGGAAAGUUGGUCAAACCAUAUAAUUCCAUAUUAGGAGAGCAAUUCUUUUGUUAUUGGGAUGUUACUCCACCCUCGCUUGAUGACAAUGGCAAUCUAGCAGCAUCACCCGGUGUGGCCACUUCAGAUAGUCAAAGUAAACACAGAGUCACUUGCAUCAAUGAGCAAAUUUCACAUCAUCCGCCCAUCUCGGCAUUUUAUUAUCACUGCGAAGAGAAAGGCAUAACUGCAUGUGGAGUUGAUCAUAUUUCAGCAAGGUUUACGGGAACAUCCGUAAAGAUUGGUCCAGGUGACCGUAAUAAGGGAAUAUAUGUGAGGCUAGAAGAACGUGAUAAUGAGGAAUAUUUGAUGACACACCCGGUUGCUGCUAUCCAAGGAUGGUUAAAAGGGUCUUUGUAUAUCGUAGUCGGUGAAGCCUGUAUCAUAACAUGUCCAAAGACCAAGUUGAAGGCUAUACUGGAAUAUAAAGAAGAACGAUGGCUUGGUAAACCAAGGUUUGCAAUCGAAGGCAAAAUAUUCAAGUAUGAUCCCGAGAACGACGAUGUUAAAAAAUUAAAGUGUGUUGACGAAGAAGCCGUUCUCUGUGAAGUUCACGGGAGUUGGAAGGGAGAAGUACAUGCAAAAAUUAGACAAACUAACGAAACAAGACUUAUCCUCAAUAUGGAAGCAAUUGACCCGAUUCCAAAAACAGUAAAACCUAUUGCUGAACAAGGACCUUUAGAGUCGCGCAACGUAUGGCAAAAGGUUACCGCAGCUAUUUUAUCAAAAGAUUACUCUCAAGCCACAAAAGAAAAACAAGUGAUUGAAGAAAGACAAAGACAAAAAGCCGCUGCGGCAAAAGCAAAAAAGGAAGAAUUUGAACCAUCAUUUUUCAAAUUGCCCGUUAUCGAUGGACAACCUGAGCUGAAAGAUGAAGGGAUUCGAGUGCUUAAGCAGUUGAUUGGUACCACGAAUUAA